AUGGAUACAUCUAUGGCUAUCGCCGAUGAAAGAGCUAAGGAUUCAAACUGGGCCAAAAAAAAAAGAGAACUAUCCUACUCUUUCUUUAAUUCUCUCUUACUCUCUCUCUCUCUUUCUCUCACUCUCUCUCACUUUCUCUUUCUCUCUCACUCUCUCUCUUUCUCUCACUCACUCUCUCUUUCUCUUUCUCUCUCACUCUCUCUCUUUCUCUCACACUCUCUCUUUCUCUCUGUCUCUCUCUUUCUCUCACUCUCUCUCUCUUUCUCGAAAUUUAGCAAGCCUCUUUUAGAUGUGGCACAAGGCCGCAAGAGCACUCAGAUUCACUUGGAUUAUAUACCAACGGAAUAUCUAUCUAUCUAUCGAUCUAUCUAUCUAUCUAUCUAUCUAUCUCCUCUUUUCACAUUCUUUCGAACGCUCCGCUCAACCCUUCCCAUCAACCGAGGCAGCUCCACCCCACCAUCCCGACCCCAACUUACGCGCCUCACCACCAUCCCACCUCCUCUUCCUCUCCUCAUCCUCCUCUACUACUACUGA